AUGCACUCUCCCUUUACACAACGGUAUUGGGUAUACCUGCUUACACUCACCACAACGAAUCAGACUCUCAACUUCAUGGCCCCAUCCCGCAAACGACCUCUCAGCCCCCCCAUCGAAUCCGGAGCCGUCCAGAUAUCUGACCAUCUGGCCCAAUUCACGUCGCUCCUCUCCUCGCAUCUCCGCCCGACAUCGGCCCCCAUCCCUCGACUGAGUAUCUCGGGUUAUUCCAGCCUGUACCAAAGCUGUGCAGGCAGCCAGAGCGGCGCGCACUUUGUGAUCCAUCAGCACGACCACCCCGUGGCCGGCACCCACUACGAUCUCCGCCUUCAGAUCAACGAGACCAGCAGCGUCAGCUGGGCCAUCAUGUACGGCCUGCCGGGAGAUGCCAACAGCAGCCGGUUGAACCGCAAUGCCACCGAGACUCGCAUCCACUCACUUUGGGCGAGUCUCCCUAAUCACCUCGUUGAAACAGCUUCUGCAGAAACAGGAUCCCUCAUUAUAUGGGACACGGGCACAUACUCCGUCCUUCCACGCCGCAGCAAACACGCCCCUCCAGAAGACCCCUCUUCACCGCCAGGCUCUCCUCACUCAUCAUCAUCUCCAAACAGCAAGCAGCACACUCCAACGGCCCAGUCUCUCCUUCACGCAGCCUUUCAAAAUCGCAAGAUCCGGCUGCGUCUCCAUGGGACAAAGUUGCCCAAUCCGUACGUCAUCAACAUCCGCCUGACCAAGACGGAAGAUGCAGUAGGGCGAUCUAGAAGCUCGAAAACGCCGCGAACUAGGCGCCGCGGGAGGACGGCAAAAGCGCGCCCUGCAGAUCCGGAAAGCACCUCUUCCGACAGUGAUGAAUAUUAUAACGACAUAGAAGAGUCUGCCAACGAUGAACCGCAGGCUAAAAAAGGUACCAACGACACACCCUCCCUGAAUGAAGCACGCCGUAAGCUGCAGCAAGAAGAAGAUGCCCAAGUCCGCCUGAACAACGCCUACGCCGGAGCAUCAAACACCAUCGGCAGCGUCUAUCAACGCCGAUGGUAUCUCUCACUGGACCGCUGCGCCUGCGGCUUCACCGAAAAGAAGCGCUACGGCCGCAGCGUGUGGGAAAAGCUUCUCCCAGACACCGCGCCCAAGGACCCUUCCGGCGACUUGGAAGCAGAUCCAGAAGAAUCCUCCUGUCGGCUCUCGUUCCCCUUCUACGUCCGCGGUCCACAGUUUGAGCAGAGCGUAGUGACGGGAAGACUGGGAGAAGAAGUUUUGCGAGACGAGGGCGUGACCACCUUUGUCCCCAGGAAGGGAUGGACUCCUGUGAUGAAAUGACUGUCUUUAAGGAAAACGGUAAUAUCUUGUAAACUUAUUGCGUGCCUCAUAUCUUGUUCCAGGUCCCGGCUACCUGAGAGAACAAGGUCAACGCUACAGUUGUAUAUAAGGCAUUGAGAUGCACACGUAAAAAUGCACAUCGCCUCCAUCCGUACGCCCAUCAUAUCAAACAGAAUUUUCCAUUGAUUAUAUCAGACUAUAAAACUAUUGCACUUUUUGCCCAACCGCCACCCCGCCUGCUAAAUCGCAGGCCGGGCAAACUGCCCACGCCCUGGGCAAAACUAUAGGGAAAGAGAGACCUCUUCUCUCUCUCAAAAACGUAUAAUGAUAUCUUCUUCGGCAGGCUCAAAUGCCGCCUUGGGAUCAAAGCAAAUUACGCCGGCCCGUAAAACGCCAGCCUGUACCAGUAAACGUUGGCACCUACCGUCAUCCAUCUAUAUAGUCAUUGCCAAACCGCGCUUCUCAUCAUUCUGUGAUGGCGAGUGCCGUGCCACAAGAGAGGAGAUAAGACAGCCCGCAGAACACGGCUCGCUCUACAAAAUAAAGUAAAUAAAAAGCAGAAAAAAGAGGAGGCUAAAAGGACAAGCCGAGGCCGGAACUUCAUGUUCAGUUUGAAACAAGAGUUGGAGCGAUUCUUCGCUUCUUGGGCUCUUUGGUGUCUUCUUUCUCGGCCUCAUCAGCAUCCCUCUUUACGCCCGUACUUGGGCCAGGCACAACUUUGGGUGUCUCUGGAGGUGUAGUCAAGGGCACGCCCGUUACCCUGCCUGAAUUGGCGGCCGUGAUUGACGGCACACUACCACUAAUGAGGGGCGGGUUGCUCACGACACCGGAUUGUGUAGCCACAGAAGAUGUCGAAUUCGACCUUGUAGGUGAGGACGGGCGAUUGGAUGGCACAGACGAUGUGGCAGGAGGAGAGGGUGCUGUAAAAGAGCUUGCCGAGUUGCGCGGUUGAUGCUGCGAUCCAUUUGGGAAUGAAGCAGGCGAUGCAAACGUCGACGUAGGAGUUGCUGCGGAUGCACUUGCUUUUGCCCCAACUUCGCCCUUGUAAAUCUCGCCCAGCUCGCCCGGAGCAAAUGUGAGUGAAGAGCAGAAUCCGUCCGAUGACGAGAUGAUGAGGGUGAGUCCAUC